AUCAACUCCAAGUCUGAGAUUCUCCCACUGCACACUGAUCAGCUGACAGCAAACGACUCCACCCAUGGCGGCGCCGCAGCCUCGAGCCCUCACUACCCACCACCACCACCUUCUCCUCCUCCUCCUCAUCGUCGUCUUCACCAUGGCUAGUGCGCACACGACAGCGGCACCCGCACCGAGGGCGGCGGCGGCGGCGGCCGAGAGUCCAUCGCCAGCGGCGAUGUCCUUCCUCCGUGCCCGCUGCGCCACCACGCUGUACCCGGCGCUCUGCUACGACUCCCUCCUCCCGUACGCCUCCGAGGUCCAGGACAACCCCGCCCGUCUCGCGCGCGUCGCCGCCGACGUCGCGGCGGCGCGCCUCCGCGCCCUCUCUGCCCGCGUCAAGGACAUCCUCCGGCACGUCGGCGGCGAUCCAGCAGAGGGAGCCGCCGCGCUGCGCGACUGCGCGAGCACGGUCUCCGCCGCGGCGAGCCUGGCGAGGCAGUCGUCGGCCGAGCUCACCAAGCUGGAGCCGGACGCCGGUCGCGUCGUCACGACUUCGGCAGGCGACGGGAUGAGCAGCAGCAGGCAGGCCAGGUGGGAGGUGUCCAACGCCAAGACGUGGCUCAGCGCCGCGAUGGCCAACGAGGGGACGUGCGCCGACGGGCUGGUGGAAGCUGGCGCCGCGGCAGCCGCGGGGAAGGAGGUCACCGCCGGCGUGGCGGCCGUGAAGCAGUACACCAGCAACGCCCUCGCGCUUGUCAAUGGCAUUCCACUGUGAAAGUGUGCAGUGAAUUAGCGUGGACCAAUUACUACUUACUAGUGCCUGUGAUAGUGUUUAAUAUUAUGAACUUGUCAAGCUGUACAGUGGCCAGUGGGGAACGUGGAGUGGAUUGAAAAUUUCGAAAAAAAGUCAAAAAUUAUUGCCUAGUUGUACUGUACAGAGGGAAGGUGGAGUUGAUCAGAAUUUUUAAAGAACCGUAAAAAAAGUUCUUGCUUAAUAAUUACACGUUUCCUGUA